AUGAAUAACCUCGGUAAACUUCUGUGCGAGCGGCUUAUGAUAAGAGUGGGGGGUGAAAUCGUAUACGACAAUAACGGCGAAAGUCUCAUUGAAGUCUACAAAGAUCUCUGGAAGAUGGGCACGAAAAGAGCAAAUAUGGUAGAAUACGGGAUUAUGAACGAGAACACAAGAAAGCUAUUGUCGAAGGAUGACACUGCCGAUCAGACCGGAAAAACGGACGGUGACUACGACCUUGUGAUGGCGAAGGUAUACAAGGAGCAGAAAAUGAAACUCGGAAAAAUUCUCAAUGACCACGGUCCCUACGCACCGUACAACAUGAAGAGCGGAUUCGAGUACACGAUAACCCUUCCAAAAGCCGACAAGAUUAUGGUCGCACAAGCGAACGAGAAGGUGGAAGGAUAUACACUGAAAAACAUACAUCUGGAAUACGAAACCAUCGAAAACGAGGAACUAGCCAAACGAAUAAACGAAGGAUACGAGACCGGCAGAUCCCUAUCCUACAAACACACGACAUUGCUGAAGACAACCGUGUGGUCAAAGGAUGCUACAAGGUUCAACGAAACCAUAGACGUUCCGAGGGGCUGUGGUCCUACUUUUCAGAAAAAGAACAAUAACCGACAGCGAGGAAUACGUCUUCCCAAGCAUCGAAAAGGUAAAGGUUACGAUAGAGGGGAAACCGAAUGCUGUAUACAGUCAGGGCUUAACAACGGAAAAUUUCUACGAUGA